CAGCCCACGUUCCUUCCGCCCGGCUCGCCUUCCUUUGCCUUCCUUGGGCGACGUUUGCCGCCGGGGCCCAGAUGCUCCCGAAACGGCGGCGAACACGGGUCGGGUCCCCCGGCGCCGCCGCCCCGUCCGCCGCGCGCUUCCCCGGCGUCGCCAUCUACCUGGCCGAGCCGCGCAUGGGCCGCAGCCGCCGGGCUUUCCUCACACGCCUGGCGCUCUCCAAGGGCUUCCGCGUCCUGGACGCCUACAGCCCCGAGGUGACACACGUGGUGAUGGAGCAGACUUCCGCCGAGGAGGCCAUCUGCUGGCAGGAGCGCAGGGUGGCGGCCUUUCCCCCAGGCUGCACUCACCCAGCGCUGCUGGAUAUAAGCUGGUUCACAGAGAGCAUGGCAGCUGGGCAGCCCGUGCCUGUGGAGUGCCGGCACCGCCUGGAGGUGGCCAUGCCCAGGAAGGGGCCGCCAAGCCCAGUGUGGAUGCCGUCCUACGCCUGCCAGCGUCGCACACCCCUCACACACUACAACACCAGCCUCUCGGGUCCCUCCCUGCAGGAGGCUCUGGAGACGCUGGCAGAGGCAGCGGGCUUUGAAGGCAGUGAAGGCCGCUUCCUCUCCUUCUGCAGAGCAGCCUCCGUGCUCAAGGCCCUUACCAGCCCAGUCACAGCCCUGAGCCAGCUGCAGGGGCUGCCCCACUUUGGAGAACACUCCUGCAGGGUCGUCCAGGAGCUGCUGGAACACGGAGUGUGUGAGGAGGUGGAGAGGGUCCGGCUCUCAGAGAGGUACCAGACCAUGAAGCUCUUCACCCAGAUCUUUGGGGUUGGAGUAAGGACUGCUGACCGGUGGUACCAGGAAGGGCUGCGGACCCUGGAUGACCUCCGAGGGCAGCCCCAGAGACUGACCCAGCAGCAGAAAGCAGGACUCCAGCACUACCGGGACCUGAGCGCCCUGGUCCAGCGUCCCGACGUGGACGCCCUGCAGCAGGUGGUGGAGGCAGCUGUGGGGCAGGCCCUUCCUGGGGCCACUGUCACGCUGACUGGCGGCUUCCGGAGGGGGAAGUUGCAGGGCCACGACGUGGACUUCCUCAUCACCCACCCCGAGGAGGGCCGGGAGGCGGGGCUGCUGCCCAGAGUGAUGUGCUGCCUGAAGAAGCAGGGCCUUGUCCUGUACCACCAGCACCACCGAAGUGAAGACCCCACCCACCUGACCCAGCAGAGCCACACCAUGGAUGCCUUUGAGAGGAGUUUCUGCAUUUUCCGCCUACCGCAACCCCCAGGGUCUGCUGUCGGGGGGCCCCAGCGGCCCUGCCCCGCCUGGAAGGCCGUGCGGGUGGACCUGGUGGCUGUCCCCAUCAGCCAGUUCCCCUUUGCGCUGCUUGGCUGGACUGGCUCUAGGCAUUUUGAGCGAGAGCUGCGCCGCUUCAGCUGGAAGGAGCGGGGGCUGCGGCUGAAUAGCCAUGGGCUGUUUGAUCCGGAGCAGAAGACAUUUUUCCAUGCGGCUUCUGAGGAAGACAUCUUCAGACACCUGGGCCUUGAGUACCUUCCUCCAGAGCAGAGAAAUGCCUGAUCCUAUCCACUAGCCCCCCCUUCCACUCUUUAGAAGCGGGGGGGCCACUCGGCAAGGCAGACCCUGUGGAUGCCCUUGGCCACUGACUGUCUCCAGGCAGAAGAUGCACUGCUGCCCCAUGUCCUCACCCCUCCCAAGGGGGAGCCCCACCUGUGUGGACCACCACUCCCUCACCCACACCCAGUCAAAGGUGUAAUAAAAUGAGCACAUGGGACGAA